CGCGCGGGGGCGCCCGGGCCACUGGGCUCCGCAGAGCAAGCGAGCGGUCAGCGCCAAGCCGGAGCCGCGCGCAUCCAGUCCCGAGGCCGACGCCUGCCUGCACGCCGGCAUGGCCCCCGCAGCGGCGUCGGGGGGCAGCACCCUGCCCAGCGGCUUCGCGGUCUUCACCACUUUCCCGGACCUGCUCUUCAUCUUCGAGUUUGUGUUCGGGGGCCUGGUGUGGAUCCUGAUUGCCUCGUCCCUGGUGCCCAUCCCCCUGAUCCAGGGCUGGGUGAUGUUUGUGUCCGUGUUCUGCUUCCUGGCCACCACGACUCUGCUUGUCCUGUACAUAACUGGUGCCCACGGCGGGGAGACUUCCUGGGUCACCCUGGAUGCAGCCUACCACUGUGUCGCUGCCCUGUUUUACCUCAGCGCCUCUGUCCUGGAAGCUCUGGCCACCAUCGGGAUGCAGGAGGGUUACACCUACAAACAGUACCACGAGAACAUCUCUGCCGUGGUGUUUUCAUACGUGGCCACUCUCCUGUACGUGGUUCACGCAGUGUUUUCUUUAAUCAGAUGGAAGUCUGCAUAAAGCAGCAGAACUUUUGCUGAAAACUCAGACGGUGUUCAUGGAUCAGCCUGCCUUCCAGCGUAACAUUUUAGAAUGCAGAAAUACUCCCGAUGGUGGAAAACAGGAAACAAACAAAAAGCAACGCUCUGUUUCUUGUGGGUGUUAUGUUUACUCUCCCCUAUACCUCCAUGUCAGGGUUGGGGGCUUGCUGCGUUUAACCUCCAAUGUCUGAGCUGUCUUUCUAGAGUCAUUUUCUGUUUGUGAAAGAGGGCUGUGGGGGUGGGAGAUGGGAACAGUGACCACGAAACCAAGACCCCCUGAUGACUUCUGGACCGGAUCUUGAGAACUGUCUGCUGGAAUUUCCCACGAGCUCUUUUGAGUACCCAUCCUGGGGCCCGUUUCCCAGUCUUCAUGCAUCGUCUACCUGUCCUGGGGAGUAAGGAUCACCCAGCAAGUAUCUCAGAUGUCCCGGUGGAAGAUGAUAAAACUUUGAAAUACUUUA